UUGAGAUGCUUCCAUUAAUUGGAAAAACAAUCAUCUUUGAUAACUUUCCUGAUCCUUCUGAUACAUGGGAAAUCACCGAAACAAUUGGCAAAGGAACUUACGGGAAAGUUUUUAAAGUGUUGAAUAAGAAAAAUGGCCAAAAAGCAGCAGUCAAAAUUCUGGAUCCGAUUCAUGAUAUUGAUGAAGAGAUUGAAGCAGAGUAUAGUAUCUUAAAAACUCUUUCUGACCAUCCUAAUGUGGUCAAAUUCUAUGGGAUGUACUUCAAGAAGGAUAAAAUAAAUGGAGAUAAGCUUUGGUUGGUUCUUGAGCUGUGCAAUGGAGGAUCAGUGACUGAUCUUGUGAAAGGAUUUCUGAAAAAGGGGAAAAGAAUGAAUGAGCCCAUAAUUGCCUAUAUUUUACGUGAAGCACUAAUGGGACUUCAACAUUUGCAUAACAACAAGACCAUCCAUCGUGAUGUAAAAGGAAAUAACAUCCUGUUGACCACAGAAGGCGGAGUUAAACUUGUAGAUUUUGGUGUGUCUGCACAGCUCACCAGCACCUGGCACCGCCGGAACACGUCCGUAGGAACACCAUUUUGGAUGGCUCCUGAGGUGAUUGCAUGUGAACAGCAAUUGGAUACCACUUAUGACGCCAGGUGUGACACGUGGUCCCUGGGGAUCACGGCCAUCGAGCUAGGGGAUGGAGACCCUCCACUAGCCGACCUGCAUCCCAUGCGAGCACUCUUCAAAAUACCAAGGAAUCCACCCCCCAAACUAAGGCAGCCUGAGAUGUGGUCAGCAGAAUUCAAUGAUUUCAUUAGCAAGUGCUUGACUAAAGAUUAUGAAAAGCGUCCAACAGUGUCAGAUCUUCUGCAGCAUAAAUUCAUUACUCAAAUUGAGGGAAAAGACGUGAUGUUGCAAAAACAACUCAUGGAAUUCAUUGACAUUUAUCAAUGCAUGGGAGGCACAGAAAAGGCCAGACAUGAACGUAUUCACACCAAGAAAAGUAACUUCAGCAGACCUUUAAUUUCCAGUCUGAAGGAUGUAGAUGAUUUAGCAACCCUAGAAGUUUUGGAUGAGCAUACAGUCUCUGAGCAACUUGAGAAGUGUUAUUCCAGAGAUCAGAUUUAUAUCUAUGUGGGAGACAUACUCCUUGCUCUUAACCCUUUCCAGAGUCUGGGUCUUUAUUCCAAAGAGCAUUCCAAACUCUAUAUUGGAGCAAAGAGAACUGCCAACCCUCCUCACAUUUUUGCAGUGGCUGACUUAGGCUACCAGUCGAUGGUAACAUAUAAUUCAGAUCAGUGCAUUGUUAUUUCUGGGGAAAGUGGUGCUGGAAAGACGGAAAGUGCUCAUCUUUUAGUUCAGCAGCUGACCGUGCUCGGAAAGGCUAAUAACAUAACCCUUCAGGAGAAGAUUUUACAAGUGAACAAUUUGGUGGAAGCCUUUGGCAAUGCGUGCACCAUUAUCAAUGACAAUUCUAGCCGAUUUGGAAAAUAUUUAGAAAUGAAAUUCACCUCUUCUGGAGCUGUGGUGGGAGCAGAGAUUUAUGAGUACCUUCUGGAGAAAUCCCGAGUUGUCCACCAAGCCCUUGGAGAAAAAAACUUCCAUGUUUUUUACUACAUCUAUGCUGGUUUAGCUGAAAAGAAGAAACUAGCCCAUUACAAAUUGCCUGAAAACAAGCCUCCCAGAUACCUACAAAAUGACCACCUCAGAACAGUACAGGACAUGAUGAAUAAUAGUUUCUAUAAAUCUCAAUAUGAAUUAAUUGAGCAAUGUUUCAAAGUCAUAGGUUUUACAAUGGAGCAACUUGGAAGUGUAUACAGUAUACUUGCUGCCAUCUUGAAUGUUGGGAACAUUGAAUUUUCCUCAGUGGCAACUGAACACCAGGUGGACAAGAGCCACAUUUCCAACCUUGCUGCUCUGGAGAACUCUGCUUCUUUGCUUUGCAUUCAGUCAGAUGAGCUACAAGAAGCCCUCACCUCCCACUGUGUGGUCACUAGAGGAGAAACCAUUAUACGACCCAACACUGUAGAAAAAGCUACUGAUGUCAGAGAUGCUAUGGCUAAAACUUUAUAUGGCCGUCUCUUUAGUUGGAUAGUUAAUCGCAUUAACAGCUUAUUGAAGCAUGACACAUCACCAAGUGGGAAUGGUGAUGAACUGAGCAUUGGCAUACUGGAUAUAUUUGGCUUUGAAAAUUUCAAAAAAAAUUCCUUUGAGCAGCUUUGCAUUAACAUUGCAAAUGAACAAAUUCAGUAUUAUUUUAAUCAACACGUGUUUGCAUGGGAACAGAAUGAAUAUGUCAAUGAGGAUGUUGAUGCCAGAGUGAUUGAAUAUGAAGAUAACCGGCCCAUCCUAGAUAUGUUUCUGCAGAAGCCAAUGGGUUUACUAUCCCUACUUGAUGAAGAAAGUAGAUUUCCCAAGGCCACUGACCAGACUCUUAUAGAAAAAUUUGAAGAUAAUCUGAAGUCACAGUACUUCUGGAGGCCCAAAAGAAUGGAACUUAGUUUUGGAAUUCACCAUUUUGCAGGAAAGGUCCUCUAUAAUGCAAGUGGGUUCUUAGCUAAAAAUAGAGACACUCUUCCAACUGAUAUUGUGCUGCUCUUGAGGUCAUCAGAAAACAGUGUAAUUCGACAACUAGUUAACCACCCUCUGACAAAAACAGGUAAUCUGCCACAUUCAAAAACUAAAAAUAUAAUAAACUAUCAAAUGAGAACUUCAGAAAAAUCAAUCAACCUGACAAAGGGUGAAACUGGAGAAACCACACGUCAUGCUAGAGAGACGACCAACAUGAAGACACAAACAGUUGCAUCAUAUUUUAGAUAUUCCCUGAUGGAUUUGUUAUCUAAAAUGGUGGUGGGCCAACCUCAUUUUGUUCGAUGCAUCAAACCAAAUAAUGAACGUCAAGCAAGGAAAUACGACAAAGAGAAAGUUCUGCUACAGCUCCGCUACACAGGAAUUCUGGAAACAGCAAGAAUUCGAAGGCUGGGAUAUUCACAUCGGAUACUUUUUGCUAACUUUAUAAAGCGGUACCAGGUUCUCUGCUACAAGUGGAGUGAGGAGCCCCCCGUGAGCCCUGACACCUGUGCAGCCAUUUUGGAAAAAGCUGGUCUCGAUAACUGGGCCCUUGGAAAAACAAAAGUGUUUCUUAAAUAUUAUCAUGUGGAACAGUUAAAUUUAAUGCGAAAGGAAGCCAUUGACAAGCUUAUUUUGAUUCAAGCCUGUGUCAGAGGAUUCUUGGGUUCAAGAAGGUACCAAAAAAUACAGGAGAAAAGGAAAGAGAGCGCUAUAAUAAUCCAGUCAGCUGCAAGAGGACUUCUAGCCAGGAAGCAAAGAAAAGAAAUCGUUAACACCAAAAACACAGCAGUAACAACCAUUCAGACUCAGGAUCAGGAAUUUGACUACAAGAAAAACUUUGAAAAUAAAAGGGAGCUUUUUGUGAAGAAACAGGCAGAAAAUGCAGCCCCUACUAAUGAAAGAAUCAGUCCAGCUCCAAAUAACAAGACUUCUACUUUCAAAGCUGAAGAGGAAGCCACUCAUGCUGUCGAAAGUAACAACAGGGGUUAUCAUACUCAGAAGAAAAUGAAUAAUGUGUAUGGGGAAGAGGCCAAGCAAGAAUUGUAUCUGGUGGGGGACCCUUGGACAGAAGUAAGCCCCAGACAGAAGUAUAUGAAAGACCUGGAAGAGAACAAUAAAAUAAGCAAAGAGGAGAAGGAGGCUCCUGUGAUCCAGAAUUACUACCAAAGCUACACAGAGGAAAGGAAUUCUGAAGACUUAAAAGCAGGGAACCUAGAAAGGAAGGCCAUAUCAGAAAGGCCAAGCUACCCAGGACUUUGGUUAGCCGAGAAUGAAACUAAGCCGCCUUCUUUUAAACAACCUUUGCAACCUAGUCUUAGCCAGAGGUCAGUUUAUAAAAAUGCUGACAGCAAGGAGAAAGAAAAGAAGACAUCUGUGGUCACCCAGAAUGCACCCACAUGCAGCCCACAGAGAAGCCACCUGAGGCUCGGGAUGGCCAAAGAGAGUCAAGUUGAACCACCAACACGAGCCCAGGACAAAGAGGAUAAAGCGGCCGUGUUCAUUCAAAGCAAAUACCGGGGUUACAGGAGAAGGCAGCAGUUAAGGAAGGACAGGAGGUCUUCUUUUAAAAAUCAAAAUAUCGUUCCAACAAUGACAGAAGUAGCAAGAAAUACUCACAAUUUGUAUCCCUGCUCCACAAAACAUGAGGAAUCCUGUAAUAUCAACAUGAGGAAUGAUAAAGACUCAAAAGCAAUGUCAGAAAAAGAAGCAUGUGACUUGGCAAUGUUUUCAAAACAGAUAUCAAAGUUAUCUGAAGAAUAUUUCAUUCUGCAGAAAAAACUGAAUGAAAUGAUUUUGUCACAGCAACUGAAGCCUCUUUAUCUGGGUGUCUGUCCUCAUAAGCCAAUUAAUAGACGAGUCUCUCCUCAGCAGUACCUCUCAGGUGUUUCUAAAGGAGAGGAGCCAAAAAUAUUGAGACCCCCAAGACGACCCCGGAAACCCAAAACAUUAAAUAACCCUGAAGACUGCACAUACUAUUAUCUACUACAUAAGUCAAUCCAAGAAGAAAAACGAAGACCAAGGAAAGAUAGUCAGGGAAAAUUAUUAGAUUUGGAAGAUUUCUAUUAUAAGGAAUUUUUGCCCAAUCAUUCUGGACCAAAGGAACAUAACCCUAGUUUACAAGAACGAAGACAACAGAGAGAACUCCAGAAUCAAUGUUUUAAGGCUGAUGAAAGGUGCUGGGCGGUGGAGGAUCCCCAGAAGGAGGAGGAGGAGGGGGAGAAUGGACCCUCGAGCAAUCCCUACGACUACAGGAGGCUCCUGCGCAAAACCUCCCAGCGCCGGCGCCUGGUCCAGCAGGUGUAGCCCGUCUGCCACAGCGGCAGCUGUAACGUGCCCGAGACUGCUGCUUGCAGGGUCCAACGCGCUGAAGUCUGGACCCCGAUCUUGGCAGGGGCUACCCACUGCGCUCUCCAUGGAGGGCCUCGGCCAGCUUUGGCGCUCGGAGGGCGAAGACCUGGGAGCUCUUCGGACGCCCACUGGCUGCGCUCCCUCACCCUCCACUCCCACCAGCCCACCAGCCCCUGUCGCCGGCCCCCAAGGCAGCGCUUUGUUCACUUGGCUGCCACACUCCUUCUGAUGACUGGAAGGCGCCCGAGCUCUCAUUGACCCCCCUCCCCCUCCUCUCUCAUUUUGGGCGACUUCAAAGAGUUCCUACUUCCUGGAAACGCCUCUCCCAGACCGCGGCACACUCGUGGGUGGGUUGAGUCUCUUAAAACAGAAUAAAUCCUGAGGAGAGGCAUGAGGAUGUGGGGAAGUUUUGAAGAUGAACUUAAACUCGUGCUUUGCC